AUGGCAGUGAAUGUCCCCGGACUCGUGGCCGUAGUGGUUUUUUAUAUUGUCAUUCUGGCAAUUGGGAUCUGGGCAUCUCGAAAAUCCAAGAAAGUGGAGAAGACAUGUACCGGCGCUAAGAGCGAAGUUGCCAUUGUUGGUGACCGCAACAUCAAUGUUCUGGUCGGGGUUUUCACCAUGACAGCAACAUGGGUCGGAGGAGGUUACAUCAUGGGAACUGCUGAGGCUGUUUAUUCCCCUUCUCAAGGUCUCAUCUGGGCCAUGGGGCCUCCUGCCUAUGUUGUCAAUUUUCUUUUGGGAGGAUUGUUUUUUGCCAAACCGAUGAGGUCAAAGCGCUACGUGACCAUGUUGGAUCCCUUCCAGCAUCGCUAUGGCAACAUGUUCACUGCAACAUUGCUGCUUCCUGCUUUGGUCAGUGAUAUUUUGUGGGUUGCCUGCAUCCUUGCUGCUCUGGGAGGAACAAUGAGCAUAAUUCUUGGGCUGUCAUCUACCAUCUCCAUCAUUAUCUCGGCAGCUGUCGCCAUCAUGUACACAUUUUUAGGUGGUCUCUACUCUGUGGCAUAUACAGAUAUCAUCCAGCUUUCCUUCGUCUUCGUCAGCCUGUGGCUCUGCAUUCCUUUUUUGAUACUCAGUCCUGCAGUUACUAACAUCUCGCACAUCGUCCACCUCAACCAAACACUUGGAAACUCAUGGUUGGGAGAGUUGAAGCUGGAGGAUGCAGGAAAAUGGGCAGAUGAGAUGCUGUUAUUGGCUUUAGGGGGACUGGCCUAUCAAGCGCUCUACCAGAGAAUCCUCUCUGCAGCCUCCUCUGCUCAGGCUCAGGUCACCUGCUUUGCUGCUAGUGGGACAGUUUUUAUUAUGGGAAUCCCCUCAGUUAUCAUUGGAGCAGUGGCUGCCUCUGCAGACUGGAACCAGACAGCUUACGGUCUACCCCCUCCUUUUGAACGAGGGGAGGCAGGGAAGAUCCUUCCACUGGCCCUGCACUACCUGACACCCACCUGGUUGUCAGUGUUGGGCAUUGGUUCUGUGGCGGCAGCAGUUAUGUCCUCCAUGGACUCUGUGCUGCUGUCCUCAGCAUCCAUGUUUACACAAAACAUAUACAAGACGACUUUGAGGAAGCAGGCCUCGGAGCGAGAGCUGCAAAUGGUGAUCCGUAUUAGUGUGCUGGUGGUGGGCCUCGCUGGAUCAGGCCUGGCCUUUGGUGAUGACAGCGUGUUCGCCCUCUGGCUGGUAAGCGGGGACCUCCUCUACUGCGUGGUCCUCCCGCAGCUCGUAUGCGUGCUGCACUUCAGCCGUGCUAAUAGCUACGGUGCUAUCUGUGGCUAUUUAGUAGGACUGCUGGUGCGUGGGCUGAGCGGGGAGCCGCUGCUUGGGAUCCCUGUUCUCAUCCUGUACCCCGGCUGGAGGGAGGUGAACGGAGUUAUCGUGCAGUACUUCCCCUUCAGGACUCUUGCCAUGCUCUCCUCUCUGAUAUGUGUUAUUUCAGUGUCCUGGCUGGUGGAGCUCGGCUUCCGUCACCAACUAAUUCCUCAGUCCUGGGAUUUACUCGGGGUGUUUGACGAGAAAAAAGAGGCAGAGAGGGAGCAAGUACCUGUUCCUUGUGAGGAAAAGAACUGUAGCCUUAAUACAAAACUCUAG